GCGGGGGUUCACAUGGCGGCGUCGGCGGUGGUGUUGGAAGGGGAGGAGGAUCCGGUGGUGGUCCGCGCCGUGCAGAUUCUCGUCAGCCUCCGGUCUAGGAAGCUGCGGGAGCGGCCGGCGUGGCUCCCGGUGCCACCGGGUGAGGCCUCCUCCUCCUCGCCCGGGACGGCGGCGCCGGAGGAGGAGACGGAGAGGUGGGCCAGACGGCGGCCGCGGAGCGGCGGGAGGCGAGGCUCGUCGAUUCCCUGGAGGAAGGCGCUUCGGUUGCUGGACCUUGCCGCCGCCGCCCCCGCGGGAUCCGGCGGGGACGAAAGGGACGUGGGGUCGGCGCGGCGGCCGGUGGGGGCGGCGCUCCACUACAGCGCCCCGGUCGGAUCCGGCUCGGCGUCGACGAGCUCCGCCGACAGCGCGGCGCGGGCGCAGACGCGGCCGCGCCACGCGGACGAGAAGGCGGCGGCGCGGGCGCACGCAGCCGCGCCGGCCAAGGAGCCCAUGAAUGCGCCGAGCCCCGACACCCCACUGGACUACGGCGCCGGCGGAUCCGGCGCGUCGUCGAGCGCGGACGACGCGGCGCGGCCGCAAGCGAAGCGGAAGGGCCCCGGCGCCCGCGGAUAUGGCAGCAGCCGCGACGACGAGGACGAGGGGUGCAGCUCGCCGGCGAAGCGGGCGCGGGUGGCGGCCGGCGAGGAGAAGCCAAUUCCGGCGGAACCCAUCAUGCAGAGCGAAACACUUGCAUCCAGCGGCAAGGUCUUUGCCAUCGACCUCAACCUUCCGCCGCCGUCGGACGACGACGACAGCUUUCCGGACGCCUACUGAUCAGGGCUGGGAGAAAUUUGCUGACGAAGAGUUUGCACUCGGGGAAAUAAACCCAACCUUACUCUGGUUGUACAUAAAGGGCAGGCCAGUCGGAGGAGAGCUGCUACGGGGGAGCAGCCUUCAUAGAUUAUUACGAGGUGCAAAGCUGAUGAGGAGUAUUUAGCGGUGGUUUCAUUGGGUUAUUCAGGUUAAUUCUAGUCAGCUUUGUUGGCUGCUCGGUGCUGGCGUGUUGCGAGCAGUAGGCUCGCUCAUUGCCCUGUUUAAUUAUGCACUUCUUUUUUGUGAAUCUGAAUUAAAUUCACUAAGUGUGGAUUCAAACUGAUACGGUGCAGGAACAAUAAUACAUACAUUAUAUUAGUUUAUAGAGUAUUUCUUAUCUCGCGGUUGAUA